AUUCUAAAAGCUUAAAGAAGUCAAAUUAAGAUGUACACUAUGUGCGUGACGUAAAGCUACGUGGGCGGGGCUAAUCACAUGAAUGUUGUAGCAGAGAAAGAGAGAGACAGAGACAGAGAGAGAGAGAAAGGAAAAGCAAACAGCGCUUUAGUAUCAGUUAUGGAAGGUGUGUAUCCCGACGUAUUUGUUUAUACAUUUGUUUAUUUACGGUUUCCGUUCAGAAUGUUUUUCAGCACUAGGUUUGCCUUUCUCGCCAUGUUGUCCACAAUUGAAGUGCGACCACAAAUUAAGUGGGUUUAGGCUGAGAAGGCUGUGCUAUGGACACAGUUGAAAACAGUUAUGAGAAGAGACCUGUGAAAACGAGGGAAUAGUAAUGGACUUCUGAGAGAGCCGUAUGUAACCAUCUCUUUCUUCUUGUCGGUUGAUUGAAACUGUGUGACAGAAGGACGGAGGAAACGCGUCUGUUUUUCAUCUCUCCUCUCAAAAGGACUACUGAAUUCAGAUACUGUCAAAUCUGCUGUUGUGAAGUGCACCAUCCUAAUUUCAUUUCUGCAUUGCAACCCAAGGAGAAAGAACACCCCUGUUAUCGUUUAUUCCUCGGCUCAGUGUGAGAUUCUGCGCCACUUUGUGACUGGAGUGUUGGGAGUGGAGAGGCUUUGGCUUUCAUACCCAUCACUGCAAAGUUUUGUGUUUUUUUUUUUGUUGUUGUUUCCUCCUGAAUUCUUGCCUCAGCUCAUCGUGUCAUCAUCAGCAUGGCUUUACCGGAUAACUCCAGUGGCAUUUCAGACGAGCUGGCUUUUCCAGAGAUUAUUGAACUCAACGUAGGGGGUCAGGUAUACAUAACUCGUUACUCGACUCUCACUAGCGUCCCUGAGUCACUGUUAUGGGAGAUGUUCAGCCAGAAAAGCGUCAAGAGCCUGGCGCGUGACACCAAGGGCCGCUUUUUUGUCGACCGCGACGGCUUCCUGUUUCGCUAUAUCCUGGACUACAUGCGAGACCAGCAACUUGUUCUGCCUGACCAUUUCCCGGAGCGAGGGAGACUACAGCGAGAGGCCGAGUACUUCAACCUUCCUGAGCUAGCCAAGCUUCUGGCUCCGAAGAUCAGCAAGCAGAACUCGCUGGGUGACGACGGAUGCCAGAGUGACACGGAGGAGUCGUCACCGAGUGCUGACGCUAGCCGAAACCUGGCGGCGUUGGGAACCGCGACCUGCAGCAGUCUAGUAGCCGGCGACGGCAAGCGCACCGGGUUCAUCACAAUUGGCUACCGAGGCUCCUACACGCUGGGCCGUGAUAGCCAAACCGACGCUAAGUUCCGCCGUGUGGCCCGGAUCAUGGUAUGCGGGAAGACGUCGUUGGCCAAAGAGGUUUUUGGGGAAACCCUGAACGAAAGCCGUGACCCCGACCGGCCGCCGGAGCGGUACACCUGCCGCUACUAUUUGAAAUUCACGUUCCUCGAACAAGCUUUCGACAAGUUGGCUGAUGCUGGCUUUCACAUGGUGGCCUGCAACUCGACAGGCACGUGCGCAUUCACACAUGACCAAACUGAUGACAAGAUCUGGACCAGCUACACGGAAUACGUUUUCUACCGUGAGUGAGACCAGACCUGUGUUCCUGACCCUUCUCCUCCCAAACCUACUUGCCUCUCUCUGAGAACGUGCUCCCUUAGAUGCAGAUGCUUCUAGAUCACCAUCCCAAACCAAACCUCCAACCAGACUUGCCCUUGAUACUUCAUGUCACUUCCCCUCUCUUCAAACCAACUCUGUCCCUUCAGCUAGAAACAGCUCCUGAUACAUGUCUAAUCAUUUCUGGCCUUCGUGAAGUACUCUGUCAUGCUGUCGGGUUUCAAUUUCGUGGCGUUCUGUUGCUUUUAAACUGGCACAAGGCCGGCAGAAAGGGCUUGGAACGGGCCUCUCUGUAUCUCCAAGUAGCCUUUGCACCAAACUAUAACAAUGGCAUUCCUCUCAUCAGUCCAUCACAUAAGUGGACGUUCACGGCUUGCUUGAAUGUUGGUUCUCUGUAAUGACAAGUCGUUGUAAUCUUAAGCUAAAUAUUUUUGGACCAAGCCAUUAGGAAACCAGCAGGUAGACAGGCUAGGCGUAUGAACCCUAAAGCAAAUCUGUUUGAUUGUUAGACAAGCACGUCGUUCUGAAUCUGCAAUGCCACUGCAUGUAAAUAAGCAACAGU